UUUACUAGACAGUAAUUCCGCGUCUUGUCCCACGGUAGGGGUAUGAGUUAGCUUGCACUUACGUUUUCGAUAACACUUUUAAAACUCUUUGAAAACGGUUAUUGAUAAGAAUUCAUGACACAGAAUAUAAGCAAUAUUUGAAACAAAUUAAGAACUUUGCCGCUUACUAAAUUUAAGCGGGAAUGGUAUCACGGCGCACCAUGGAAAGGUUGGGUACAAUAACGUGAAGUUGACAGAACUGUGUUCUGAUUGGCUCUAUUUUCUAUGGCAUAGUAUAAACAGCCGAUCUAUUUAGACACUAUAGCCACAUGACGGAAAAAUUGACAUGUGGAUUCAAUCAUAAUACCGCGCAAACUAAUUCUACCAAGCUGGUGAUGACAGUGUAGUUUAGUAAGAUGUAUCUUAACAUGCCUAGAAUUGCCUUAAAUCGCCCAAAAAAGGCCUCAUGUCGCCAAACGCCAAACGGACAGCGAUUUUAGGUCUUGUUAACUUAUCGAGAUGGACAAGAGUUGCCGUGAGACAAGGUCGCAUCGGUUCGUUUUCUUCGCCACAGGUUACACACCGCUUUCUAUAUGGAUCGCUUUUGAAUUGUUAUCUGAGAUGAAGGAAAGUUACUGCAGCUCUAAUCUAUCGAAACAGCAACUGUGAAUAUUCAGUUACACUGAGGAUGAAAGUUUUCUCCUUAAAAAUAUUUCGUGGGGCUUAGCAAGCCGGUGAACGCAAUCUACAAAAAUGGCUUCAUCGCACGAAGCUGAUCUUGUCAUGCGAGGUUGCAUGCACAGCUGACGCCUGCUAUUUUUAUUUGAAUUUGAAGGUCUGGAAAACAAUUCCCUGAAGUUCUUAUAACCUUCAGACAAAUCACGCAACACUAACUGCUGGCUGAAUUGCGUUCGGUUUUCUUAUCUCUAACAACUCCAGAACAGCCUUUCGUAACUGGAAAAUUACGUCAUUUCGUGAAGGUCAGAAAAGCCAGAUUAUGCUAGCAGUGCUAAAUUGAGAUAAAAAAUAAAAAUCAUGCUCGGUUUGAUAAAUCAUGGCAAAAAUUAUGCUGGCAAAAUCGACAAAAGCCUACAGGUUAAACCACUAAAACCGUUGGCGAAUCAAGGUCAAUCAAAGUAGCGAGUAGAUGACCCGAUUGCGACCAGACUCAUCUUAGAAUUGGUUCGGUUUUCCAAGAAUUGGGGACGAUCUCUGGCUGGUACGAACUGAUCUACUUGGCAAUAAGUUGAUGUUGAGUACAAGGCAUUUGCGUGAUCUUGAGGAGUUGUGAAAUCGUGAAGAUGGCUGAUUUUGCAUCCUUGGCUAACCUGUUUCUUCUUCUGAGCAUCACGGUACACCCGAGCGUUCAGGACAAAGGCACAACUCCCCGAAUUAAAGAAAUAGUGGUCGGUAGAUGCUAUGAUUACCAAUACAAAAAAUUUGGCUCGAAUUCAACAACUUGGAAGAACUGCAGUAAGAUCUGGAACACGUUUCACAGGGCAUUUGCUUGCAAGAAUCCUUGUAACUUAACCUUUGACGACUACAAGCCGUAUUUUGACGAGGUUGGAAUGGCGGAGAUUUACAAUAAGAGCCUGUUUUGGUCAGGAACGUACAAAGCUGUGCAUUCCUAUUCAGAAUUUGACGUGCGCUUCACAACCUUAGAAGACACCAUGGCUGGAUGGAUCGUAAAUGAAUUGACCUUUUGUGGAAAUGGAAACUUGUCUCGGAAUACAACUGAUGGCAUUGACUACAAUUCCUGUCCAAAUUGGAGCAAGAAAUGCGAUUAUACGACGCCUUUUUGGGGUCAAGCUUCUAGCAUAUUUGCAGAGCAUGCCCGAGGGAUCGCACGAGUCAUGGUGAAUGGUUCCAGAGUUUCUCGAGAGGGAAAUCAUAUUCCAGCUUAUAAGAGAGACAGGUAAGAACGAUGCAUUUUAGGGACCUUUAGAAACGGUUGAGUUCGACAACAAUUUUUGAAUUUCAAACCAGAGACGUUUCCAGGGCCCUCGCUCUUCAUGUUGGUUUUAAUUAGAGAGGGUC